AAGAUGGCGGCGCCCUUGGAGCUCAGGUGCUGGGGAGGCGGCUGGGGGCUCCCGUCGGUGCACAGCGAGUCCCUGGUGGUGAUGGCUUACGCCAAGUUUUCUGGUGCACCCCUGAAAGUCAAUGUCAUAGAUAACACCUGGAGAGGUUCAAGAGGAGAUGUACCAGUUUUGACAACUGAAGACAGUAUUGUUUCUCAGCCGGCAAAAAUACUAAACUUUUUAAGAAAACAGAAAUAUAAUGCCGAUUAUGAACUGUCAGCAAAACAAGGGGCAGAUACACUAGCUUACAUUGCUCUCCUCGAAGAGAAGCUUCUUCCUGCAGUGCUUCACACAUUCUGGGUUGAGAGUGACAAUUACUUUACUGUGACAAAGCCAUGGUUUGCUUCACGAAUGCCUUUUCCCUUGAGUUUGAUCCUGCCUGGAAGAAUGUCUAAGGGAGCACUGAAUAGGAUUCUCCUGACCAGGGGAGAGCCUCCCCUCUACCACCUCCGAGAUGUAGAAGCUCAGAUAUACAGAGAUGCCAAGGAGUGCCUAAAUCUUCUGUCAAACAGACUGGGAACAUCUCAGUUUUUCUUUGGAGAUACGCCUUCUACUUUGGAUGCCUAUGUGUUUGGUUUUCUCGCACCUCUUUAUAAAGUACGCUUUCCUAAAGUUCAGUUACAAGAACAUUUGAAACAGCUCUCCAACCUGUGUCGCUUUUGUGAUGACAUCCUAAACAGUUAUUUUAGGCUUAGUCUUGGAGGCAUCUCUCCUGCUGGACAAGAAACGGUAGAUGCAAAUCUGCAGAAACUCACACAACUUGUAAAUAAGGAAUCCAACUUGAUUGAAAAGAUGGAUGACAAUCUUCGCCAAAGCCCUCAACUUCCUCCUCGGAAACUGCCAACACUUAAAUUGACUCCAGCAGAAGAAGAAAGUAAUUCCUCACAACGGCUGUCACCCUGACAGUCUUCAUGCUUUGUGUCCAAAGUCAUAUAAUUGUUGCAGUAAUCUCUUACAGUAAGUGUGUGAAGGCAAAAAGAAAAUUCAUGAAUAGGUAUAAGGAAGACUCUAAAACAAAAGAAACUUUCUAUGACAGCAAUUCUUUUUUAGUUAGGAAGCUCAUGUUUUAGCUUGGCAAUGCACUUUAAGUAACAUCAAGGUAAAUGCUAAAUGAACUUGGGGAAAAAAGAAAACACGUUGUACUGUAAAUAAAAAACCUGCCUUAACCUUGGCAGAUUUUUGCCUUUGGUUCACAUGUUGCUGGCCCAAAGCUACACUUCUGUUCUGAAUGCGCACUGUUAGUUUAUCCAAGUUAAUUUAUUAAUUUAGUAUCCUUAUACCAGUCUAAAUAUCUAAUAUGUGGCUCUUUGGCUGAAGUCUUUUUUUCUUCUGUUUAGAAAUCUGAUGCCUAUUUUAGAUGUUAGGAAAAAUACAUUAUUCUAAUAUUCUAUUUACUUCAAUAGAAAAGCCUGUAUUUAACUUUAAAAAGCAAUGAGGAAUGUGUUUUUUAAUUAUGCUCUCAUAAGUCUAAUCUUUGGGGGAGUUACUACCAUACAUAUAAAUAUUAAAGAUGGUUAUAUAUAAUAUUUGUCUGACUAUAUGCACUUCAAUAUAACAGUAUUUGCUCAUGUGUUCAAUACAGGUUAGCAAGGGCUGUUUUAAUUUAUUGGAGCUUUAGACCUGUGUAUUUGUAGUACAUCUUUAACUCUAGUCAUCUCUUUCUUGGGUUGAUUUCGGGAGAGCUGAAUGUGUUAGCAUCGUUAUUAUGCCAGGCUGUAAAGUCUAACUGACACUUGCCCGGUUGUUAGACACUACUCAGGAGGAGCUUACUGCCAGAGAACUAGAAGUACCUACCGUGCACCUGGUCCAGGUUCACCAUGCUUGGCUCAGACCAGUGUUCUUCCUAAGAAACAUAUCAUGUAGUCAAAACCUUUAUGACAACUAAUUAUUUUCCAUAGAGUUAACUACAGUUGAAGGAUUCAAUGGAGUAAUCGGAAAUAGCAGAUUUUAAAGAACAUUUUCUAUUUUUUGGUUGCUGAACUGUUCAAAGAUUUCCUGUGCGGGUAAUUUUACUUACAAUAGAAUCUUGCUUAUUUUAGUGGCUGAGGUGCUUCUGCUGUCCUAAAACUACUUCUGGGGUUUUUAAAAUAUAGGACCAUGUUUUUGAUUAGUGUCUUAAAAGAUUACUAUGGUGCUCAGCAAAUCUUGUCACAUCCUGCAGAAACCCCCAGGUUAGGAAAGCAGUUUUGGACUCAAGAGACUUGUCUAAUUUGAGCUGAGUGGAACUCAGCUGUGUUUGACCUGCAUCCUCUCAAUUUGUUCUGUAUUUAGGUAGCUAUUUAUACAGAAGUCUUCAUGUCAUUGUAAAUAUUUUUUCUUGCAAGUUUUAAUGAGAAACAGGGUAGUCUUCAAAGUCUUGUUCAUCUGUUUGGAUGCAUUGAGAGAAACUAAUGAGUUUCACAUUACUUCUGCAACAGGUGGGGGAGUGUGUGUGUGUGUGUGUGUGUGUGUGUGUGUGUGUGUUACGCGUUAGUCUUCUGUUAGAGCCCGGCACUAAUGAGUUUCACAUUACUUCUGCAACAGGUGGGGGAGUGUGUGUGUGUGUGUGUGUGUGUGUGUGUGUGUGUGUGUGUGUGUGUGUGUGUUACGCGUUAGUCUUCUGUUAGAGCCUGGCAAUCGGAAAUGACCCCAGGACUCCGUUGUCCUCUAGGACGGAUGUUUAUUGGAGAUGGGUGGUCAGCGCGUUAAUCUGCUUGUGCCUUAGCCAGGGUUAGUCAUUUUCGAUUAGGAUUUCUGCUAACACUUUCAAAAAGUAUUUGAAGUGACUUACAAUUGUCAGAUAUGUAAAACAGGACAAUUAAAAUUAGUUUUCGGCAAAAUAAAAAAUUUGUAGGAGAAAGAACUAUAUUAACCCUAACAGAUUCUAAAAUUGAGUGGUAAAUUUAACUCCAGGUUUCUCCAUGGGCAAAGUCAAAGGAUAAUACUGGGUUAUGUCAAGUUUUCUGUCAAUAAGGUUACUACUGUCCACGAGUAAGCAAAAUGUGUUUACAUUUUUAUAAGAAUGUGUAAUAUCGUAUUCUUACAACACAAAGAUGCAGCCAGUAAGCAUACUGUAAUGUUUGGUGUGUUGAAAGUUUAAUAAAAAAAUAUCAUUCUAGAAUAACAAGUAUCCUUUUUUAGUAGAAAGACGACUGUAAAUAUGAUUUAUUUCCUUUUGGUCAUUCCUGCUUUGAACUGCCUUUAGCUGUAUGCUAUAUAGGCCAUGAUGCUUCCAGACUAUCUUUCCUAAGAUGCAAAAUAUGAUUUAGAUAAGUGAGAAUUUAUAUGCUGGGUUACUUAGUUGAGGUUUUUGGUAUAAGCUAAUGAGAUGCUAGGAAGCUAUCACUGAACACAAACCACUCCAGGGAUCAGCCACACAUAUAGGAAGCUCUUGGAAAGGAAUAACUGGGCAGAGAGCUUUUGAGCAACCUGUCAGGAUAUGCUUUGGAUAAAGUUUGAGUUCGCUGAGAUAAGUGGUCCACAGUCUUAAAAUACUGUGAGCCACUUUCUUUUGGAAGUUAUGGUGGAGGAUAAUAUGAGAAAAGGGACUAUGUUUGUGUUUAUGUUUCUUGGUAGUAUAGGAUGAGAAAAUUGGUCAGAUAAUUCCCAUAAGAUAAAGAUCUUUUCAUCAACAAACUGUCAUCAGUUAUCCAUAAGACCGGCCAUUCCCCUAAGACCAAAGAAACUGUAAAAGACCUUUAAGGACAGUCAUUCCUACACAAUGUUUUUCCCCCCUAAAAGGUUGGCACUGACAAACGAAUUAAAUUUCAACCUAGACAUGUUUGUUUUAUUUUUUGAGUGCUAGAGGAUUAGAGAUUUUAUGUUAAAUCUGAAGCAUUUUGAUUUCCAUUUGUAAUUUCUGUUCAUUUAAUGUGGCUAGAUAUAUUAACUUAAAGGAAUGGGGAAGCUUAUUUCAAUCAGAGCUAAGUUACAAUUUUCAGAAGUCUGCAAAAAUGGAAGAAAACUAGACAUCAAAAGAGGCAGAAAUUGGUAACAGUAUCUCAGAAAACCAAUUUUUAAAGGUAGUAUCAUGUGAUAAAAGUGGUAUUUGAAGUCAGUAGUAUGUUUUCUUAGAGCCUCUUCCAGGAAUAGACAUUUACCAUGUUAUUAGAUUUUUCUUAAACUGUUUACUUUUUCAUAAACUGUCAAAAAUUGUAUCCCUCUGAAACCAAAAUAUAAAUGCUUAAAUGUAAAGACAGGAAGCUGAGGGAUGGUUACAUAGGAUCUCUCUGUACUAUUUUUGCAACUUCUUUUUGUGAGUCUAUAAUUAUUUCAAAAUAAAAGGGUUUUAAAAAUAAAUUCAAUGAGCUUAUCAUUAUCUAGAUAAACUAUGAUUUAAAAUUUAAUGCUUUAAACAUAGUAUUCAGUUCCAGAUUAAUAAAUGCAUAAUAUAAAUUAAUUUAUUUCAUUCUUGAGUUUAAAGAAAAAGAACAACUCAGGUUUAUAACAAAUGAUAAUCUGAAGAUCUGUUUUGCCUUAUCAGCAAAGAAAAAACAAGAACCCCUAAAACCAAGAACCCCUUUUCCCUAGGAGAUUAAAAAUUCUACGGUUUUAUGUUUGUAAUUGUAUCUUUUUUCCCUAUGGUAUGGUAUCCUUUUAUGAGGAUAAAAUAUUUUGGGAAAAAACUCCUCCAUGUCUCUGUGUGGUGAUCCUUCUUUGUUUUGCAAGUGUUCUCUACACUAGGAUCAUGCUUUGAUGAACAAAAUGCAGUGUGUCUGUGUGCUUUUUGUUUUUUAAGUUCACAGGGAUUUAGUGAUUGACUUUGUCUUGGUUUAAUUAUUUAUAUAAUUGAAAUCCUGAGCAGAGCCACAUAUUAUAUUUGGGUUGUAAUGACGGCCUUUUGUAUAUGUUGUUGGCAUUUAGAAUUAUCUUUUGCCUUUUUUCUUGUUCAGCUCUGUGGAACUUACAUUUACUUUUCAAUGUUUUCAUAUUUCCUAAGAAAUUACUAGAUUUUUAAGAAGUUCGUUGUUAAUUACAUGAACCAAAGGCCAGUAAUCCUAGUCUCAAAGGUUUAACUGAAGUUUCAUUAGAUCUUCAAAAUGUUGAUUUUCAUAGAGAUGUAAAGAUGGAGUGCUUUGCUUUUUUUUUUUUUUAAGGGUUUUUAAAAUUAUUUAGCCCCAAACUCUUGUUGGGAUAUAAUGUUUGCGAGAAGCCCAGGUUACCUCCCCUAGACUUAAAAUUAUUGUGAUUGAGGUGGAGAGGUAUCCUUGGAAUCAAAAAGCAUACGAAAAUCAUUUGUUCCAGACGGGGAGGCCAAUGAUUACUGAUGAGAAUGAACAUUCUUGAACAAUGAUAGAAGAAAGGGUAGCUUUGAGUUGGAUGUUUGUAAACAGAGAGUGGAAUGUUAUGAUAAAAGACUAUUCAGAGCAAAACAAAGUAGUUCCUUUAAAAAAAUGCAGGAAAAUAAGUCUUUAUAUCCUCAUUAUUAUUAAUUUGAAGUUAUAUUGUAAGAUAGUUUUAAACUAUAAUUCAGUUCUUUGGAGAAGCAUUUCAAGAUAUAUUUUGGCAGAAUAUAUUGUUAUUAUAUGAAUAGUGGGUUCUUUGGCUAAAUAGGGAAGUGCUGGGUUAGACAAAGUUAAGUUACUGUAGGCUUCUCAGCACCUUACGUACGCUGUUGGUGGUUUCAGACUCCAAGAAGGGCCUGUAUUUUAUACACUAUUUUCCUAAUUUAUUUUUAUGUGGAUUUUUUUUUUUUUAAGUAGGUGUCAUGUGGGGUUUGUGUUCUGAGAAAUACACUUAGGGAAAUGCUGCCCUAAGAGUGCUUCUGCUUGUUUGUACUCAUUGCAGAGGUUUCCAGUUGUUGGCUGCCCUUCUAGUGAGUGGUGAUAAAAUGGAAGCGACAGGUUGGGGCUCCCUAGGACCAUGGAGUUGACUGAGGAUUGGCUGUGGGUUUAGAUAGGUUGGUUAUUUAGGCACAUGUGAGGCCCUUGGUCAGUCCAGCUGCUUCCCUAGAAUCCCAGUUGGCUUGGAACAGCUGUACAGGAGUGUGAGCUGGUGGUUUCAGAGAACUAACCACUUGUUAGGCAUCUAUGAGACAGAGGGAACCAACUUGGAAUUCCAUUCCAAACUGUUUUUGGCUGUGCUUUAAAAGUACCAGAAAGGCGGUGAGUAUUUAUAGCAUUAAAGUCACAUACAAGCUAGUUAUUAUAUAUAUAUAUAUAUAUGCACAUGCAUACACACAUAGUGUCUUAGAAAGUGUACAGUUGCUUCCGUGACAAAAGCAAAGAAAGUUUAAUAUUUUCAACUUCUAUUACUGAAGACAUGGUCUAAAAAAGGAUUGUAUGUUUGUGUAUGCAUUUUCUAGGAUGAGGGUUUACAGUUUUUAUUAAAUUCUCAGCAAGUUUCUGUAUCCCCCCAAGUUUAAGCCUCACUAGACCUUCUAAUUUCAGAGGACUAAGUAUAUCUGAUUUCAUUUCAAAGUAUAAAACCAGUUCACUCAUCAGGCAUAAGGAUGCUCUUUGUUUUCUGCAGUGUAUAUGGUUGCAUAUUUGGAACUGCAUGCUUUGGAUGUGUAUUUGUUGGAAAGCUUGCCUUUGGGUUUGAGUUGUGGUGUGGUGAACAUCUGGCCAUGUGCAAAGCAGUUGGAUCUUUGUUCUGAUUCUUUAGAUCUUCUCAUGCAAAUUCAGAGAAAUGCCUUCUAAUCAUUGAGUUUACAUGUCCCGGAUCCCUGGAUGUCUAGAAACAAUGGCUUGCCAGAGUUUGCGUCAGUCCUGAGGGAGUCACGCACUAUAGAGGAGGCUGUGUUCGCUAUUUGUUCUUUGACCUGUUGGCUGCCUCUCUUGCAGUGCUGGCGUCUUAUUUCUUGGAGAAGGACGGGCGUUCUCAAGCUUUUAUGUUAACUGCAUAAAGAUGAGCUUUAUUCUUCUUCUGACUUGAUGUUUUAUUUUGUGAAAUAGGAAAUAAUGUCUUUCCAUUUUUCUGUUCAUCGCAAAGUGGAAAUUUGAGGUGUUUGUAAUAUAACUUUAGCUUUCUGGAAGACUGAUAGCAAAGAAGACAAGUAAGAAAUUUAUGUAUACUCAUAUUGGUUUUGUUCCACCAAGCUUAUCUUCAAAUGGUAUACAUUUGAAACAUCUGUUCUAGUGUAUAAACACUGUAGUUUUGUUAUGAAGUAAACAAUCUUAAAAUAAGUAUUGUUGGUCAUAAUUUCAAUAUUCUAGCCUUGCCUUGUGUGAAUAUAUUUUACUCAGAGACUGUGUAUAAAUACCCAGAAGUGGUGAUGAUGAUCAAUGUUGUAAAGAAUUUAUUCUGAUAAAUGAGAAACUGGAUAUAAUGUCAAAAUAGCUAUUUUCACAAUAAAAUCUCAAGUUGCUCAAA